CUUUUGAUCGGAGAUUGCUAAAUAAGACGGCGAAAGAAACUCCGUUGUCUUCGUCCAUGACCUCCGAGUAUAAACUGUUGUACGCUUGACUUCGGAUACACUAUGCCUUUAAGCUGUUAAGAAAUCUCGUAUAUAGACAAGGGAAUAUGACGUUUGGCAAUGAUGAAACAGCAGUAAAAGUUUGCAGCAUGUUAUAGAAGACCUUGAAAAAGAUAAUGUUGUGGAAGAUUUUGCAAAUAUAAAUUCGCCUGCUGGAAGUCGUUUCUUAUGAGGCUCUUCAGAUUGUCCAAGUCCAUCAUCUCUAGUCUUCCAUCAGGAUCCUGCCAAAAAUCUGAAAUUUCAGAGCGGUGUAGUUCAGAGAGGGAAAGAGUGUGGGAUCUACACAUUCUGUGAGAAAAAAAAAAGACAGUCUUCACUGAUUAUGGUUAUUAGUUAGACUGUGUCCGGAUUCAAGUGCCAUCUGGAGGUCUCUCCCUGUGAGUGAAAUCUAGAGACAGAGGAGGCAACAAGUGAAAUGUUUCAGGAUGGGUAUAGAUCCUCAGGAAGUGGCGGAGGACUGUCGACAACGGCUGUAUCAAAUGGUGGAUGGAGAAUCCGUGGUUUUUUACGCGGUUGGCAGAUCCAGAAUACCUUAUUUAACAUCAAGAUCAUGAUUCUCUGCGGCUUCGUGACCAUUCUCAUCCUACUUGGCACAAUCAGUAUUGGGAACUUUGGAAGCUCCAACGCCGACUCUGUUAAUCAGAGUUUCAUCAAGGAAACCAUUCCGAUUCUCGCGGAGAUCCCAUCUGAUUCGCAUUCGACGGACUUGGCCGAGCCGCCUAAAGCUGAUAUUAGUCCCAAUACGAUGGACUUGGCUGAGCCGCCUAAAGCUGAGAUUAGUCCCAAUGCGACGUACUUGGAUGAGCCGCCUAAAGCUGAGGUUAGUCCCAAUGCGACGUACUUGGAUGAGCCGCCUAAAGCUGAGGUUAGUUCCAAUGCGACGUACACUCUAGGGCCCAGAAUCACCAACUGGGAUAGUCAACGCAAGGUAUGGCUGAAUCAGAACCCUGAGUUUCCUAGUAUUGUCAAUGGCAAAGCUCGAAUAUUGCUUCUCACUGGGUCUUCCCCGGGACCCUGCGAUAAACCAAUAGGAGACUAUUAUCUAUUGAAAUCCGUGAAGAACAAGAUUGAUUAUUGUAGACUCCACGGGAUAGAGAUUGUGUAUAACAUGGCGCAUUUAGAUGAGGAACUCUCAGGGUAUUGGACGAAAUUACCUAUGAUUAGGACACUAAUACUGUCUCAUCCAGAGGUAGAAUGGAUUUGGUGGAUGGAUAGUGAUGCUUUGUUCACUGAUAUACUGUUUGAGAUCCCGUUGCCUCGGUAUGAAAAUCAUAAUCUGGUGAUACACGGUUAUCCGGACUUGCUGUUCAACCAAAAGUCAUGGAUUGCAUUGAACACGGGUAUCUUUCUGUUGAGAAAUUGUCAGUGGUCAUUAGAUUUAUUAGAUGCUUGGGCCCCAAUGGGACCAAAAGGGACGAUCCGUGACGAAGCUGGGAAGAUACUGACAGCUUAUCUGAAAGGCAGGCCAGCAUUUGAGGCCGAUGAUCAAUCGGCGUUGAUAUAUCUCUUGCUUUCGCAGAAGGAUAAAUGGAUAGAGAAGGUUUAUGUGGAGAAUCAAUACUACUUGCACGGGUUUUGGGAGGGUUUGGUUGAUAGGUAUGAAGAGAUGAUAGAGAAGUAUCAUCCAGGAUUGGGCGAUGAGAGAUGGCCCUUUGUGACACAUUUUGUGGGGUGCAAACCGUGUGGCAGGUAUGCUGAUUAUGCAGUGGAUAGAUGCUUCAAGAGCAUGGAGAGGGCUUUUAAUUUUGCAGAUAAUCAAGUGCUUAAGCUGUAUGGGUUUAGCCACAGGGGAUUGUUGAGCCCCAAGAUUAAGAGGAUCAGAAACGAGACAGUUUCUCCUUUGGAGUCAGUAGAUAAGUUUGAUAUUCGAAGAAUGCGCGUGGAAACCAAACCAUAGAGCUAGGAAAAUCAAUGAGCGAAGGGAAUCACAGCUUGGAAAGAUUACGGGAAACAUAUAGCCAUAUAGGAGAUAUACAAAAUACUAACAAACAUAAUGCAAUUUGUUUGCCUAUAGCUGCACUUGUACCUUGUGCUUCAUUUGUCUGUUGUUGUUAAAGAGAAGUUUUAGCUGUCAAAUUCUUAUUCCAUAGAUGUUUCCUGUCAUUUUUGGUCAAUAUAUGGAGAAAUUUGAU